AUGCCGCUCGCUACGAAGAACGCCUCCUUCGACUUAGACGAGGGUUUCUUUCGCCGCAACGGGCUCAAGGCUGCGGAUGUUGAGCGUUGUCUGGGGGUUGUGAGGAGGAGGUAUCCUGGUUGGGGGUUUGAGGGGGUGAGGGGGCAGGGUGGGUGUAGUUAUACUGUUCUUGUGCGGAAGAGAGAUAGGGGAGGGGAAGGGGGUGGAGAGGUGGUGGUCGUACAGUUCCGAUUACUCGCGCAUAAAAUCCACGAGGGCAUUGUGAGGGAUGUAAGGAAUUUAUGGGGAGAGUUGGUCCCGGAGAUGUUGUGGUUUGAGGACGUCAGUGUUGGGGAGGAUGUGCGGUUGCAGGUCUGUGGGAUGUCGAGGGUGAAGGGGGUAGCGUUUGGGGGAGUGCAGCCUUGUGGGAGUGAAUUGGGUGAAGGGGAGUUGGGGAGGUUGAGGGGCUUGAUGGGAGAUUUGGCGGGUUUCUUUAUGAGGAGUUGGAGGAAGGGGGAUGGGUAUGGGAGGGUUAGGGGGAAGGGAAAGGUGGGUGCUUCGAUUAGGGAGAGGCUUGUUUUGCUUGAGGGGGGACUUCCUAGGAGGUGGUUACGGUUGAGAGCGAGGAGUGUCAGGAGAGGAUUCGAUUCGGGUCUACUGGAUUGUUUACCGGUUGUGCUGAACCAUGGGGAUCUGCUGCCGAGUAAUAUCAUGGUCGAUCGAGGAAGCUGGAGACUUACUGGCUUGGUCGACUGGGCUGAGGCUGAAUAUUUGCCCUUUGGGAUGUCGUUGUAUGGGAUCGAGCAUCUGCUUGGUGGUUUCGACCACGAACGACAGAGGUUCGUAUACUAUGACCGGGCGAAUGAGCUUCGUGAUGCGUUCUGGGAUAGGCUGAGGGCUGAGAUCCCUGAGCUGAGAGACCAGGACAUAUGGAAAGCCGUGAUCCUCUCUCGCACCAUCGGCAUCCUGCUCUGGCACGGCAUCGCAUGGGACGAAGGACGGCUCGAUCGAGUGGUCGACUACGUGAACGACAGAGAAGAACUAGCAUAUCUCGAAAGCUUCUUGGGAGGAUCUUGUGGAUCUAGGGAAUCUAAGCUCUAG